CACGCCCACCUCCUCUGACCUUCAGCUUCAAGCAAUCCAACCGCCCAGCGCCUUAAUUCCAAGGAGCGUCACGGAGGUUGUUCUGCCUGCGUUAUUUUCCCUAAAAGAAGGGUGUCUCGGGUAAAGACAUCAACUUUCCACUCGGGAACUGAUCCAUUUUCAUCCUCUCCUCUUCUAGCGCAAGACAUACUGAAAUCAGGUCAUGGGCUCAGCGAACGAAGUGAGUGAAAGGAGAAGAGAGAUGCAAAACCAAAGGCCAGCGGGCGUUCGAUUCCUUGAGCACAUCAGUGCCACAUCCUUUUCCUUCAAAACCUACCAAGCAAUUGUGCUAGUCUUGACCUUCGUGGCCUACACAUCUUACCACGCCACCAGGAAGACGACGAGCAUCGUCAAGAGCGUCCUGGAUCCGGAGACAACCCAGCUGGGCUUCUCCCACUGGCUAAGGUUUUACUUUAGUGGAGCAGAGGACAGACCAGGGCUUAAGAAAGGCUGGGCUCCAUUUGACGCUCCGGACGGCACCGCCUUGCUCGGCCAGAUCGAUGUUGCUUUCCUAGCGAGCUAUUCAGUCGGAAUGUACUUUGCUGGGCAUUUAGGCGACCGGUUUGACUUGAGAAUCAUCCUUACUUUUGGGAUGGUAGGGACUGGAAUUUUCACGUCGUUGUUUGGGGUUGGUUACUGGCUCAAUUUGCACAGUUUCUAUUAUUUCCUCGUGGUUCAGAUGCUAGCUGGUCUGUUCCAGUCCACCGGUUGGCCGUCGGUGGUUGCGGUGGUAGGGAAUUGGUUCGGGAAGAAGAAGAGAGGGCUAAUCAUGGGCAUCUGGAAUGCGCACACCUCAAUAGGCAAUAUAACUGGAUCAUUGAUUGCUGCUGCUAUGCUCGAGUAUGGCUGGGGUUACUCCUUCGUGGUUCCUGGAUUUUUCAUCGCCUCUAUUGGGUUGAUGGUCUUCUUCUUCUUGCCUGUUAGUCCUGACAAAAUGGGAGUUGAGAACGAGGAAACCCAGGAACCAGAAUUCGCUGAAAAAGAUAAUAUUGUCGAGCCUCUCUUAGAAGGUCACUUGAUAGAGAAGGAAAGAGCAGUAGGCUUUCUUGAGGCAUGGAGGAUUCCCGGUGUUGCGCCAUUUGCUCUUUGUCUAUUCUUCUCCAAGUUGGUGGCCUAUACCUUCCUUUAUUGGCUUCCCUUUUACAUCAGCCACACAGCUGUCGAUGGGAGAUACUUGUCUGACUCAACGGCUGGGACACUGUCAACGCUGUUUGACGUUGGAGGUGUAGUAGGCGGCAUCCUUGCAGGCCACAUCUCUGAUCGCCUGGAUGCCAGAGCAAUAACAGCAGCUAGUUUCAUCUACUGUGCCAUUCCUGCUCUCUUCUUCUACCGCCUCUACGGAAGCAUUUCCUUGUGGUGGAAUAUCAUUCUUAUGUUUGUCUCCGGUAUUUUUGUCAACGGCCCCUAUGCACUUAUAACAACAGCAGUAUCAGCCGAUUUGGGUACUCAUAGCUCCCUGAAUGGCAACUCCCGAGCAUUGGCCACUGUAACUGCUAUCAUUGAUGGGACUGGCUCAGUCGGUGCUGCUAUUGGUCCUUUGUUAACCGGUUACAUAUCGACUAGGAGCUGGAACGCAGUGUUCACAAUGUUGAUGAUAGCAGCUCUGGUUGCUGGGUUGCUUUUGACCAAACUGGUGGUAGCCGAAUUGUCUGCUAAGAUUGAGUCGGCUAAAUCACAAACUAGUGGUAGGUCAUCAAGGUCAUCUGUUCCGGAGAUACUUGUGUGACAUUAUUUUUUUUAGUAUGGAUAUGCUAUUCACAGGGCGAGGGGUGGUAAGCAAGAACACUUGAAAUUUUUUGACAGAGGUAGACUCAUUGCUUGACCCGUACCAAGAAUGCUGGUGGCAGUGGCAUUUGGUUGUUGAAAAAUGCUUCCUGUAAAUUAUUAUGGGUUUUCCCUCUCCAGUCUACAAGGCUAUUGCAUUGCGGGCUCACGGAUUGCUUCAAAUUCCUAUAAAUGUUGAGGUUCACUUCGAGGUUAUUCCAUUGCGGGCUCAUGAUUGGCUCGUACCAUGAACACUAGUGACUGAAACAUUUGAUUGCUGAAAAAUGCUUCCUAUAAAUUUUAAGGGUUUUCAGUGGGAAGCUUAGGAAAACAUGAUAUUUUGGUCAAAAGAGUUUUUUUUUAUUUUUA